UACCACUAAUUAAACCUCAAUACUUAACUUAAAUUCACACUAUAGUCUUGGUUUGUCUGGUGCAAUAAUUUUUUGCAAUAUUCAACUCUUCAUUCAUAUUUUUAUUAACAAUUUUCCCUACCGUUAGGUACAUAGAUACGCCGCCAUAAAAAAAAUCGAUACCUACUACAAUGAUCUACGAAGAUUUAAAAUUUAAAGUAAGUGUCUAUGUAUAAAACAAAUAUUAAAACUGAAUAAUUGGUACCGCUAUGAUAUAUGUAAAAAAUAUCGAUAGAUGUUAACAUUUUUCAUUUUUAUAUAUUUACAGUUCGAUAGAGACGGUUUUGUGAUAAUAGACAACUUUUUGAGUGAAAAGCAAGUAAAUGAUCUCAAGGAAGCGGGAGAAAAACUCACACAGAACGUACCGGCGGACGCUAGGAAGAAUGUAUUCAUUUCAAGUCAAAAACAGGUAAAAUGUAACAAUCAUAACAUAUUAUGCUUAUAAUUCAAUAAUUAUUAGCGUAUACCGUUUAAAACAUACACCUAUUAACAUUUAACCCAACUAGAUUCAGGAAUAUUUUUAUUUUAUCACUAAAAGUUUUUGGUAUUUUUAAAAUUGACAUUUAUAAAGUAAACACUAAAUUCAAAAUGAUGCAAAGUUUUUGAUUGAAACAAGUAGGUAUAUUAAGUUUAAAAAUCUAAAGUACGCAAUUCUAACCCAUUCAUGCCCAAGGUUAAGUGUUUUUUAAUUUCCUGUUUUCUGUUAUAUUCCUAAUAAUUUUGCUCUUGGGAAAUUAAUAACAUUUAAUACUGUUUUUAUUGGUUGUCCAACAGAUAGGACACUGAGCAUUAAUAGGCUAAACUUGAAAAAUAGUACUGAGGGUUUAGAUGGUAGGACUGUAAAAAACAGGGACCGUUAAUACGAACUAUGGCCCUAUGAGGAUCAAAUAAUUAGGAAAAUAAUAUUGAACUAUUCUAAAAUAUUUGCGUUUUUUCGUAAAUUAGGUAUAUGAUUACACGUCGUGCUUUUUCCCUGUUACCUACCCGACGUGGUUUUGCACAACAACGGGGUUCAUUUUCGAUUAAAAGUCUGACAUGAAUUGACAAUCGAAGCGAAUCGCACGUUAGACCAGGAACUAGGUAUUCGUUGUUAUCAUUCCAUGUAAAUAACAUUUCCGAAUAAUAAUUUCUUAGUUAAAAUUAAUUUAUUCCUAAUUUUCAUGUUUUUGUUUUGAGCGACCUCGUUUAAAAUGUUGGUGUAACUGUAGUGUAUACGAACGGUCGUCUAAUUAUCAUCUUCUGGUAUGAAAUUUCCACGUGUUUCUUCUAUUAUUACGAAAAGUGCUACGAUCCAGCCUACACGUCAACUUGUAAAUAAUACACGUAAUAUGCGAGAGCAUGGUUUUCAAUAAGGGGGAGGGAAAAUUAACACACAUUUUUUUUAAUGCUUUUAUUUAUAUUGUAGUUUAGAAAUUAUGAAGCAAACAAGAUUAGUCUAAAAAUAAAUGAAAAGAAAAGAAAAGUUAUGGAAACGUUAGCGGUUAGAGGUGGGGAGGACCUUACAGUGGAUAACUAUGUGUUCGAGAAUGACCAGAGCUUCAAGUGUUUAGAAGUAACAAUAACUGGGAAUAAUGACUGGAGUGCUGAAAUAACCAGUUCCUUACUAAAAACGGAAAGGGCUUUUUUUUCACUAAUAAAAUAAAUACUUCAAAUCAAAACUAUUUUCUUGAGGAACAAAAGUACUCUUAUAGUGUUAUAUAAGAGUACUGUUAUAAGUUAUAUGUGAGUAUUGUGAGAUCAAUAUUAACAUAUGGUUGUGAAGUAUGGGCAGUAUGGCCGAUGACAGUGCAAAUUAUACAAAAGCUAAGAAGCUUUGAGAAUAAAGUACCGUUUCAAUACUGUAAUAAAUACGAAUCCAAGUCAUAAUAUCGCUGUAAAAAUGUCGUGAACACAAAAAUAUCGUGAAGUCAAAAAUAUGAAAAAUACAAUAUUAAUAUAUUAUAAUAUAUCUAUUUAAAGUAAAAUUGUAUUCUAAUUAUUGUAUAAUGUACAAAGUACACAGUCAUACACAAUAAAUAAAAGUAGGUAAUGAAAAAUAAUAAUAAUUAAAAAUAUUCUAAUAAACAAAAUAAUAAAUUAUAUUUUUAUAUUAAUAGAUAUUGAAAGUUAUACGAAAUCCCACGCAGGUAAUCAUUAAUUGAUCGAUUUUCAUAAUCAUCAUCACUUUAAGUCGAAUUGCAGAAUCUUUGUAUUUUUUCUUUGUCGAAGAUUUAAUGCCCAGCAAUAUACUAUUCAACUUUUAGACGGUUUAAGCUUUCUUCCUUUUCAGUGAAUCGAUAAAAAAUCGACUAAAAAUAACUAUUUGAAAAUUGUAUAUUAUGUUUAUUAACUAUAUACCAGUCUAUACAUGUCAGUGCUCCUAAUACUGCAAUAUCGAACCAUUACUUGAAAUUACUUUUGUUCUAUUCAAUAUUUUUAAUAUAUUUAUAUAUUUAAAUAAUUAAUAUACCGCUGCGCUAGAGUUUAUAUAUGAACAAAAAAUUUAAUAUUUUACUAUAAUUUUUUUUACAAAUUUCAAAAUAGUCAUUUUGUAAAAUAGGUUUUCUAAAAAAAUGUUGGUGGUUGAAACUUUUGUUAAAGUAUAGUUUUUUAUUUUCUACGAUUUUUUAAAGUUUUUGCAAAUGUGAAUAUUACCUAUUGUGGUUAUUCAGUUAAAAUAUUGAACCAGUUAUUAGUCUGGCACAUGACAAGGAUUUUCUUUUCUAUCAGUUAAUAUCAUGCAAUAAAAUUAUCAUAUUAUAGGUAUUAGGUGGUAUCAACCAAUCAUUAAUGGUCAUUUAUGUUGAUAAACAAUAUUAUUAUGAUUGAAAAGAAAAUUAUUCAAAUUUUCAAAAAUCAUUAGAUUUACAUACGUUAUUGUAUACAAAAGUAACAUUAAUUUGUCUAGUUUGUACAAUAGAAAGUCGUUUUUAGAUUUCCCUUGUUAUUUCCUUAAUUAUUUGAAGAAAUCAAGAAAUACUCAUGGUAAAAUGAGAAAGUAUACGGUAAAACCAAUUUCAAUAGUUUCAAUUUUGUUUUUGUUGUAAUUCGAUUGAAAAUAAUCGUAGGAAUACACAAUUUUCAAUGAAUAUUGUUAUGACUUUUUAGCUGUGGUGACAUUUUCAAAAUAUUCUAACGAUUUUUAGUGACAUUAAGUUCAGGUUUUUAGUUUUUUAUUUAUUUGUUUAUAUAUUAACCUGUCAGCGUUUUUUAAAAUUGUAAUUAUUUGAGUUAUAUUUAAUGUAGUUUUUAUAUAGUUAACUAUUAAUGAAAUAAUUGUAAAAAAAUUAUAAUUUCAACAUUUGUCUGGGAUCUCAUUUGUUGAAGGGCCAUGGGGGCCUAGGCUAUAGCCCUCUUGGCCCUCCUCUUAAUCCGGCUCUGGCUAUACUCUAACUACGCCUAUAUGUGCGAAAAACUAGGUUGAGAAAAAAUAACUGUUACACUAAUGAACUUUGUAUUGUUUAUGUACCUGUGACCCCUCCGCCCCAUUUUUUCUAAAUUACGUCUACUUAUGUCUUAUAUUGAUAAUUGUGUAAAUAACAUAUAGGUUUUUAACUCUUACUUUUUGGAAAGCGCCGAGAAAAUUGGCUAUUUUUUUGAAAAAAACGUACUGGACGAUAACGGACAACUGUUGGUGGACUCAUCAUUAGCCCUAAACAAGGUCGGACACGCUCUGCACAGGUUGCAUCCCGUAUUCGAGGAAUGCACUUAUACCGAAAAAGUGAUUAGCGUGUGCCGAGCGUUGGGCCUGAUAAAUCCGGUAGUCUCGCAAAGCAUGUAUAUCUACAAAAACCCAGGAGUUGGCGGUGAAGGUCAGCGACUAGUUUUAUAGUCAAGUCACCAACUUUACUUCUAGUUACGUUGUAAUGUAUUUUUAUUGUUUUAAUAAUAAACUUAUUCUAACACACAGUCUUUGCACACCAAGAUUCCACAUAUCAAUUGACUACACCGGACACUUUGGUUGGAUUUUGGUUUGCGUUGGACGAUGCAUCAAUGGAGAACGGUUGCUUGUGGAUGAUACCUGGUUCGCAUAAAUACGAUUUACACAAAAGGUUGGUCUGUGACAUAGACGGACAAAUCGAUUUCCAGGGAACAUUCCCGGAUUAUGACAACGAGUUGUACGUGCCGGCCGAAGUAAAGAAAUGUAAGAAAUGCACCUAUCUAACUACCUAGGAUAGGGGUGGUGAACCUUUUUUGAAUAUUUUUCACGUGCCCAAACAAAAAGAAAUUAUUUUCUAAGAAUACAACAGUUGAUGGGAAAAAUAAAGUUACUAAUAUAUUAUAAUUAUUAUAUAUUUUAUUAAAUUCACAUUUAUUUUUUUUUUUUUAUAAAUUAUGUACUAUAUAAUAUCAUUAAAUUAGGUGUUAACAAUUAAAUUGUAUAUAUUAAAAAUUAAGAUUAUAUUUCAGUGUGAUUUUUGUUGCUGUUUCUUAGAAGAUAAAGUUUUGAUAUCAGAAGUGUAAUUUAUAAUUUUUAAUGAAACACUAGUAAUACUCAUUUAAUCGGUCAUUUCUUUCUUUCAAUUUAAUUGAAUUCAUUAUGGAGAAUAAACUUUCACUUGCGUAUGUUGACGAAAAGUUGAAAGCAUGGAAUGAGCUACGUUUUUCAGCGUAUAAAAUGUAUCUGGAAGCGAGUUCCAGGCUUUCAAAAUUUCAUUGUCUACAUUUUUCACCCCGUUUCCUUGGGGACAGUUAAUUUCUAUUUGUUGCAUAAGUUGUCUUGCGUCAAUAAAUUUUUGUUUCCAAGUGUUACAAGAUAAUAUAAUAACAAUAAAUAAUAAAUAUCUUAAUUAACAUCCAUAGGAAUAUUAUCAUUAUUAAAAUGUAUACAAUUUGUUUCUUCAAAUUUCUUAUAACUAUUAAACAUAAAAAUAAAUUUUUUUUCUCGUGUGCCAUAGAUUCACCACCCCUGACCUAGGGUAAAGAAUAAAGACACUAGUGAAUACCAGUAUGCAUUUAGUAUAUUUUAUAUAAAUAAUAAUUUAAAUAAUUAUUGAAACAAAAUUAAAACAUCCAAAUUCUCAACAUUUGUUUGUCAUAGAUACACUGGUCAGUUUUGUUUUCUAAUUGGUACAAUAAGAUUUUAUUCUGAAAAAUGUUAAAUUUUAAAUUUAGUAGUUCAUCAUCAGAUAGAGAAGAAAAUAACCUACAUCAUCAGUUAUAAAAUCAAUACUCUUAUUUAACAUGUUGUAUGUAUAUUUCUUCUUGCAGUUAUCACUCCAGUGUAACUUUCUAAUCCAUAUCUAAUUAAUAAUCAAAUAUUUUUCAGCUACACGCUAAGAUUUCUAAAUUAUUUACACAAUAUUAUAUAUGUUGAACAUUAAAUGCAGUCAACGUGUUAGGAUUAAAUAUAAAACUGUAGGUAGUUUUAUUUUUAGAAUUUUAGAAUACUGUAUAUUUUUUAAACUGGCAUACUAUGGUGUCUUAACCCUACUUUACAAUAAAACCCGUGCAAUUAGACGACACUUGUUUAUAUUAAACAAAUUACUUAUUUUUUGUUCACAGCCAGUCUUGUGUUGUUACACGGGAAGGUGAUACAUAAAAGUCACCACAACACGUCACAGUGCCCACGGCAUGCGUACGCGUUUCAUGUGUUUGACAAAGGAGUCAGUCAGUAUUGCAAAUAUAAUUGGUUACAGACCAAAACUGGUUUCAAACCCUUAUAUUUGGAAUGAUAAUUAAUAAUAUCCAUUCUAUAUUAUGUAGGUCCAGUUUAUUGCAUUACAUGCAAUUUACUAUUUUUAUUUCUACAAUAAACAAUCAAAUUAAAAAAUACAAAUAUUAACAUAAAGCAGUUUUGAUUAUUAAACAAAAUGCAAUAACUAAUAACUAAUAAAAAGGGUUAUUCUGUAGUAUGAUAAUCUCUUAAAAUUUAAUACUCAAGUACAAUUGUGUACUAUAAUUUUAACAUUUAAAUUAAAUAAAUAUCAAAAAAGAUAAAAUAACUUAAUAAACUUUAGCUUAAUUAUUAAUGAACACUAUAACAUUUUAAUUGUAGUCCAUAUAUUUUUGAUGGCUGCCAAAUUGUUUUAGAAGAAUAUGACAAUUUUUAAAAAUGAAUUAUUUAAAUUAUUUUACAUUUAGUAUUAAUUUAAACAUUUUAAAAUACUUAUUUAUUUUUAAUCAAACAAUAAUCAAUCAAACUUUCUUUACUCAGUUCUACUAAAUCAUCAAAUGCUCCUAUUGCUUUUGAAAAUUCUUUUAUAACUAUAUGCGAUUUCUUUAUUUAUUUAGGUUUUAAUUUGUUUAUUCUAAGGAAUGUAUUUUUUUUUUACGUUUUAUAAAACAAUUAAUUAGUCAUAAUUUGUAUAUCUAAUUAACAUUAAUUGAAUUAUGCAGGUACCUAAACUACAUACGUACUUCAACAUAAUUUUGGUAAGAUUUGAUCAUUUACUACAAUAGUCUUCAAUCAACUGUUGAUGAUACAAUUGAAUGUAUACAAUUUAUUUUAUCUUCUGAUAUACAAUCAAAUCCAUAAAUAUUGUAAACAUACAAGUUAAAAAAUUAAAAUUUAAUCUGUUAAAAUAACUAUUCAAAUGAUUAUUAAUAUUUAUUAUUUACCAAAAUCAAUCAACUCCUUUAAAAAUGUCUAAUAAAAUAUUGUUAACAUUAGAAGUCAUAUUUUUACUUGAUAAAUAUAUAAAUUUAUCAAAAACGUUGAUAACGACUCGUCAUGGUCUAAUAUGGUAUAUUGAUAUUUCUUUUUCAAAGAUUUUCUUGCUUUCUAAAAAUAUAAUAUUUUAAUUAUGAUUAUGUUUAUUAUGCAAUCUCAGAUUUGUUUAAAAGAAAUUGAUCUAUUUUUGAUUUAUAUUUACAUAUUUGAUUUUAUGUUAUGUAUUAUAUUACACACCUACCUAUUGAAUAUUGCUUGGAUUGGAGACAAAUGAGGUUAAUAAAAUGGUGAGCAAAGAACUACAAAUUUCUAAUACUAUUCAAUAUGUCAAACCAAUAUUAAUUAAUACAAUUAAUUAUGUAAUUUUAUGUCAUAUCUCUUUAAUGUUGUAAUCAAACUAAAUUAUUAUCAACAUUAAUAAAGCAAUUUAAAAAUUAAGUCAAUUUUAUUCAUGCAAUUUUUUUUGUAGUCUUCGAGAAAUACAAUGAGGUCCAUAUUUUAGUAAUUUUUGAAGAAAGGAUUUAAUAUAACUUUAAGGAGAAGAAGGGAGGAAACAUUUUACUCAUAUUAUAUAUCUUCAAUAGGUAUCUGUCUCAAUAUGACAUUGUACAUGUAACUCCUUUGAAUGACAGUACAAUGUAAAGUGGGAAUUUUAAAUUUAGAAAUGAUACUGAGUUAACUACUCUUAUUCUCGCUUUUAUCAUCUGCAUCUACUCCACAGGCCCACAUAUUAUGUCCCAUAAUAAAUUCUAGCCAUAUAUUCUUUGGCUUAUCUCAUUCUAUUUUUCUUAGCAUGCCCAGAUUUAAAUCUACUUUCUCUUGUUUUCCUUAUAAUAAACUAAGAUUUAAUACAUUUUCGGAGUAGGGGUGCUAGAAUAACCCUAAUAUAAAUUAUAUUAAGACUGCUUUAUUAUAUAAAAUACCUAGGUAAUUCAUAGGAGAGUGGUCAAUAAUUUUAGUUUUUUGGAUAAGCUUACCUCCUAACUAUAAUUCUAUACAAUUGGAUUUCAUUUCUCAUUUCUUAUCAUAAAGAUAUUACUUUUGCAGCUUUAAUGUUUAAUCAUCCGUUUAAAUAAACAAAUGUAUUAUUAUUAUACAUUUGUCUCUUAUUCAAUGCCAACUACUGUGGACCAACACAUCAACAGUUUUAUAUAAUUUCCCUCUAUUAUUUAUCUAUGUAAUGACUAGGGCGUGGAUUUUUAUGUAACUGCAUAAUUUUAUUGAAUGCAAAUUUAUUCAUUUUGAUUGAAAAUUAGGCAGUUUCAUAACAUCCUAAAUAAAAUAUGACUUUUUAUUUUACCUAAUAACACAAAUUUUUAAAUUUUGUAUACAUUCAUCUGCAGAUGCCUAUUAAAUGUAACAGAAAUAUUAAUACUAACCUUUGUUAUAUUAAAAACAAUUAAAAAUAUUAUUUUGAAUAAAUAUGAAAACACAUCAGUGGAUAUUGAAUUUUUACCAUCUGCAUACAUCAAGUAAGAAAUAUUCCCCAUAAUUUUUGGUCAAUGUUGAACACUCCUUCAGUUCUUACAAAUCAAUUUUGAGACCAAACGGCCAUACAUUUAAAUUUGAUAAUCUCAAAAUGUACAUUGUUUCCAAGACUUAGGCAUCAUCUACACUGAAAAUCUAAGCUUCCAUAAACAUAUAGAGAGUGUCUCCUGUAGGGUGCUCAAGGUGCUUGGAGUCAUUAAGCGAAUGACCCUCGAAUAUAAACUUUCUAGAUCCCUAAAAACUUUAUAUUGCCUCAUGGUGUGCUCAAUACUGAAAUACGGUUUAGUAAUUAAUAAAUAAAUAAAUAAAUAAAAGAAUAAAGAUACAUAAAUAAAAUAAAAAUUGUUUAACCUAAG